AUGGAUUCACAGUCACGUCAGCUUCAUAUAUUGUUCCUUCCAUAUUUGGCCCAAGGACACAUGAUUCCAACACAAGACAUGGCCUGGUUAUUUGCCCGGCAUGGUGUGAAGGUAACAGUUGUCACUACACCUCUAAAUGCACAUCUAUUCUCAAAUAAAAUCGAAAGAGGGAGGCAAGAAGGAAUUGAUAUCAGUAUUCGAGGCAUCAAAUUUCCUACAGUAGAGGCAGGGCUUCCAGAAUCAAGUGAGAAUGCAAAUUCCAUCAAUUCUCUCGAAAUGGAAAUCAAUUUCUGUAAGGCCAUAAGCCUUCUCCAACAACCAUUUGAGCAACUUCUAGAAGAAUGCCACCCCAAUUGCAUCGUGGUAGACAUGCUAUUUACAUGGGCUUCAGAUUCUGCUGCCAAGUUUGGGAUUCCAAGGCUGUGUUUCCAUGGAACUGGUUUUUUUCCUCUCUGUGUGUACUAUAGCUUAAGGGAGCAUCAGCCUUAUGAAAUCAUUACAUCUGACUUUGAACCCUUCCCAGUACCAGGUCUUCCGGACCAAAGAACGUUGACGAGAUCACAACUAACAAGUUAUGAAUUGGAAGUAGAAACGCAGAACGAAUUAUUAACUGAGCUUGUGGAACAAGCUAUACAGGCGGAGAUUACGAGCUAUGGGAUUGUGGUUAACAGUUUCUAUGAGCUGGAACCAGCUUACUCAGACCACUACUGGAAAGUUAUGGGAAGGAAGGCAUGGCAUAUUGGCCCUGUUUCACUUUGCAACACGGACAUCAAUGACAAAGCACAACGAGGAGAAAUAGCUUCCGUUAGUGAACAUGAAUGUUUGAGAUGGCUGGAUUCCAAAGAACCCAAAUUUUAUAACGUAUGGUCAUUGCAAAAUUAUAUCGUCCCUUUUUAG